CCGGGGGCCCACCGUCAUUGUGCUACGGAGUAGGCCGUAGCCAGCUGCGUCUAUUAGGGCGGUUGUUCCGCUACUGUUUUCGGAUCUUACGUCUAUCCUUUCCCUCCCCUUCCCCUCCUCUCUCCUUUUCUAGGUCGCGGGGAUGCCGCGUGUCUAUAUUGGCCGCUUAAGUUACCAUGUGCGGGAAAAGGACAUCCAGCGUUUCUUCAGCGGCUACGGCCGCUUGCUCGAGGUGGACCUAAAAAAUGGCUACGGCUUUGUGGAAUUCGAGGAUUCUCGGGACGCGGAGGAUGCCGUUUACGAGCUGAACGGCAAGGAUCUGUGCGGGGAGCGGGUGAUCGUGGAGCACGCCCGCGGCCCCCGCCGCGACAGGGACGGCUACAGCUACAGCAGCCGCAGUGGUGGAGGAUAUAGCAGUCGGAGAGCAUCAGGAAGAGAUAAAUAUGGGCCACCUGUUCGUACAGAAUACAGAUUAAUUGUUGAAAACCUUUCCAGUCACUGUAGUUGGCAAGAUUUGAAAGAUUUCAUGAGGCAAGCCGGUGAGGUAACCUAUGCAGAUGCCCAUAAAGAGAGAACAAAUGAAGGAGUAAUAGAAUUCCGUUCUUACUCUGACAUGAAGCGUGCUUUGGACAAAUUGGAUGGUACGGAGAUAAAUGGACGAAAAAUCAGGCUGGUUGAAGAUAAGCCACGAUCGAGCCAUAGACGAUCUUACUCUGGCAGUAGAUCAAGGUCUCGUUCUAGAAGACGAUCACGUAGUCGAAGUCGUCGCAGCAGCCGCAGUAGAUCCCGUAGUGCCUCAAAAAGCCGAUCACGCUCUAAAUCUAGGUCUCGAAGUAAAGAUCGUUCACGCUCCAGAUCAAAAAGUCGAAAAUCUAGAUCAAAGAGCAAGUCUAAACUGAAAUCUAGCAGAGGUUCACGAUCAGGCAGCAGAUCCAAAGAGAAGUCUCGAAGCAGAUCCAGGUCUGUGUCUCGAUCACCUAAAGAAAACGGAAAAGGAGAAACAAAGUCUAAAUCAAGGUCACAAAGCAGAUCUCGUUCCCGUUCGCCAAUGCAGCAUCAACCUGCAAAGGCUCAUUCUGAGUCUCCAUCCAAAAGAGCUGUGUCACGAUCACAUUCACAGUCACGUUCAAAAUCCCGUUCACGGUCAAGAUCCAGUUCACAAGAUUAAGAUUGGAGCUGUUGCGUGAUUAUGGAACGUAUGGCCAGCCAGAAGUCUUUUUUUAACAUUAGUAUUUGGCAAAGCUUGCCUGUUUGAUUUCAGAAAGAAAUGGUCUUGUUCACCAAGUAAACAAGACAAAGGUUGGAAGUACUUAAAACUUUCUGAGACGUGUACAGGAAUAUCAGAACAGGAAAAGAUUUUUUUUCUUUGUGGGGGGUAGAAAUUAGGACAAUUUUUUUUAAUUGGAGCCACAGCUGAAGUAAUACGCUGGGGAGUAAAAAAUGAGUUUUAUAUACAACUUUGAGUGUGAAGAUUUUGGAAAUGGUAAUAUUCCCUAAAUAUUUCCAUUAUUUUAAAAUUAUGGAGGUUUUAUGGAUUACGGCUUUCCUCUAAAAGCAUAGGGGAGCUUUAUUGAACAAAUCAGAGACGCUUGUAAAGCUAAUUAAAUGUCAAGCCAUCCUUGAGAUUAAAUUGGAAUACUUCACUGUGCUGUACCAUAAUUUGCUAAAAGUAACCCCUUUUUUUCCUACUGUGUUGAGGCAAUAAAAAUGAUUACCUUUAACUAUGCAUGGUAUAGUUUUGCCUAACACCUUAAAGCUAAUAAGUGUUUAACCCAUUUGAUCAGGAUUCCAGGUGCUGCAUAACAUUUAAUUCCCAAUUUCUUUGUUAAUUUUGUAAUUGCCUUAUUUCUGAAAAAUUAUUACUUGCUCUAAAUUUGAUAAGAUUUUGGAACCCAAUGUUCCUGCAUGAAGUCUCCCUGUCGUACAAGCAAAAAUCCACUCAAGUAAUAUAUUUGUUCCUUCCCUUCUGCUGUAGUCCAUCACACCCUUUUCCCAAUCUGUUCUACAAAGCAGAUUUUGAAGAUGUGGAGGGCUACAAUGGAAGGGGUAAAUAAUCUUUUUCCUAGUUUUCUACUUCUGGGAGCAGUUUGAUUAGUGAAAAUUUCUAAAACCAUUAGGAUUAGGGCUGAAUCCAGUUACCUAAAAAGUAUGCGUGAGGUGAAAUCCAAUCACCAAACUUAUAUGUAAUAGAUAAGUUUAGUAAAAUAACAAUAUUAGUACAAUCUUUAUACAAUGUGUAGUUUGACUUGUAUGAAAUUAAAUCAGUGACUCAAA